GGCCACAUAAAUCCUAUGGUCCAACUCUCGAAGCGUUUGGAGCACAAAGGAGUAAAAGUUACACUGGUUACCACCCACUUCAUCUCCAACACCAUACAUAAAGAAGCCACUUCCAUUGCGCUCGAGACAAUCUCCGACGGCUAUGAUGAGGGCGGGAGAGCGCAAGCAGAGAGCAUCCAUGCCUAUUUAGAGCGCUUUCGGCGAGUCGGGUCGCAAACUUUGGCAGAGCUCCUUGAGAAACUGUCUAGCUCAAGCUGUCCUGUCGAUUGCAUUGUUUAUGAUGCUUUCUUGCCUUGGGCUUUAGACGUCGCCAAAAAGUUUGGGUUAGUCGGGGCUGUGCUUUUCACUCAAUCUUGUGCUGUUGAUAAUAUAUACUACCAUGUCCACAAAGGAGUACUUAAAGUCCCUCUUUCAGAGACAGAAAUUUUGCUUCCUGGGUCGCUGCCACUUGAACCUCAGGAUACGCCGUCCUUCAUUUCUGAUUUCGAAUCCUACCCAGCUUUCUUUGACAUGCUUGUGGGUCAAUUCUCCAACGUUGAUAAAGCUGACUGGGUUCUUGUGAACACGUUUUAUGAGUUGGAGCAAGAGGUGGUGGAUUGGAUGGCAAAGAAAUGGCCAUUGAGAACAAUAGGACCAACUAUACCAUCAAUGUUCCUAGACAAGCGACUUGAAGAUGACAAAAACUAUGGUUUUAGCAUCUUCAAACCAAGCAUGGAUGAUUGCAUGAAGUGGCUAAAUGAUCGUCCAAAAGGGUCGGUUGUUUAUGUUUCUUUUGGGAGUUUGGCCGCUCUUGAAGUUGAGCAAAUGCAAGAACUAGCUUGGGGACUGAGAAUGAGCAACAGAUGCUUCUUGUGGGUUGUCAGGGAAUCGGAAGAGGCAAAGCUCCCCGAAAACUUCGUGGAGGAGACGUCCGAGAAGGGAUUGGUGGUCCGUUGGUGUUCCCAGUUGGAGGUCUUAGCUCACGAGGCGGUAGGAUGCUUUGUUACACAUUGUGGGUGGAACUCUACUUUGGAGGCCCUUAGUUUCGGUGUACCAAUGGUCGCAGUCCCACAAUGGUCAGAUCAGAGCACGAAUGCAAAGUAUAUUAUGGAUGUUUGGAAGAUAGGAUUAAAAGCUCUGGUUGAUGAGAAAGGGUUGGUCAGGCGAGAUGCGUUAGAACAUUGCGUUCGGGAAAUAAUGGAGGAAGAGAGAGGGAAAGAGAUUAAGAAAAAUGCUUUCAAAGGGAGAAAGCUGGCCAAAGAGGCUGUUGACGAGGGUGGAAGUUCUAAUAAAAACAUUGAAGAAUUUGUAGCUAAAUUGGUUCCUAGCCAAAACUAACUUCAUGUCCAUUUCCUAAGUUGCCGCUGUAGUGCUGUUUCUAUGUCCAGUCUCAGUGGUUAUGUAAUAAAUUUGGUAUGUAAGAUGCCAUUGUGUACAGACUGUGCAAUGAUUAAAAUAAAGGGAAAUGGAAAUGCUAUGUGCAUCUAA